GGUUUGUUCAGUCACACCAUCUUCUUUGACCGUGCCUGCUUUUCUCUCUAUACUCUUGACAAGUUCAACACAAAACCUCUUCUUGUUAAUUUUUUGGUCUUCAAAACACAACCCUCAGACUUUACCGACUCAUUUAAUGUAAUAGUACUUAUCCUCUUGCGUAUAUAAUUAAGAACCGAACAUUGUAUAGUCGUACAUACACAAUAUGGAGAAACAAGGUAAACCAAAGAACAAGAUCUUGAAGUUUCUACCAAGAGCAGCUUCUGCAGUAGCAGCCUCUUUCCAAAACCCUACAUUCAGUCCUGGUAGAGAUAGGAGAUCGGAGGUUAACACAAACAGGUACAAAGCCAACAGAGGAUUCUCGGGUCCAAUCAUAUCAAUAAUUCCAGAUGAAGCUCGAAGAAAGUCUAGCAAGAACGGAGGGUUUGAAACACAAGAACCCACUUCACCAAAAGUCUCAUGCAUGGGCCAAAUUAAGCACAAGAAACAGAUCAAGAAAGCUAAGCGUGCCACGCCGCCACGGCCUCAAGAAUCGAAACCCGUGACAACAACAACGAUGUUUUCUUCUUCUUCUUUUUCUCCUCCUGAGCUAAAGAAUACUAACAAGCAUGCCUCGGCGUUUAUGAGAAUCUUUACUGGUGCAAAACCACCGAGAAGUAACAAAAAUGGUGGUUUUGCUGAUAAGCCUGAUGGGGUUGUUCCUGAAGAUAUUGAAGUGCCUUCUUUGUGUCAGAUGAAGAGGUUUGCGAGUGGACGUAAUUCAUUGAGUGAUUUUGAUUGGACGGCUCAGAUUUCACUGGUGGAUAAGGAUAUCCUGAAGUAUUACUCGGAUGAAGAGAGAGGGGAGAGUGAUGAAGAAGAAGAAGAGAUGAGAAUUCCUUUCUCUGCACCUAUGAUGAUUGGUGGGGGAGUGCCUUUGCAGCCAAGAAAAGAAAUUAAUCUAUGGAAGAGAAGAACCAUGAGUCCACCUACACCUCUUCAAUUAAAUCCCUUGGUCAAAGCAAAUUGAUAGAGUAAUUUUCUCAGUUUUUUUUUUGGGGCGGGGUGGGUUUUGUUUAGAUUUGUUGCUUUACAUCAAUUGAUUGUGCAAAUAUGUGAAUGUGAUGAAAUUUGUAGAACACUUGUAAUUAAUUUGGUGCAAAAUUCUGAUGGAAUUUGAAGUAAAGUGUAAUACGCAUGAUGCCCAUCUACAAUUUAUUCCUGCAUAGAUGAAUGUUAAAACACAUGUUUUCUGUACGG